AUGGAUCUGUACGGAGUAAGCUUUUUGGAUGCCAUGACAUAUUCUCUCCACUUUAGAGAAGAAUCCGGACUCGGGAAAGGGCAGAAUCGCAAUGACGAAAUAAAGUCACGGAGUCGUGAGACUAUGUCCAUACAGCUUGGUCAUUCUGUCGGCUUCCGCGAGCACAAGCAUGGAUCAGGUAAACAAAGUCAGGCUCCCGCUAGGCUCUGUCCAUUGCCUGCAUUCGUUCAGCAAACUCUGAUUUGGGAGUAUCCCCACGGUCACAUCUUCAACUUCGAUGAUCAUGGUCUUAUUCCAAGUUCCCCGCCAUCACUGCACGUCGGAGUCGAUUCAAGAUUAGUGGUGCCUGAAACGCAUGUCUAUCUGCAAUCGGAUGACCGCAAUGAGGUUUGGGCUGCUCUUCAACAAUAUCUCCCGGGGGCGACAUCGGUGAUAUUUAUGCCUCUAUGGGAUUCGCAUCGACAAUUCUGGUUUUCGGGAAUGUUUGCGUGGACAACUGAUCCCCAGAGGGUUCUUCUUCCGGAGGACAAGGCAUAUUAUUUGGAAUUUGGCAAAUCGGUUAUGGCAGAGGCAGCUCGGGCUGACCUGGUCGCGACGAACCGGGCAAAGUCAGACUUCAUCUCCCUGAUAAGUCAUGAACUCCGCUCUCCCCUGCAUGGUAUUCUUGCCAGCUCCGAGCUCUUACUUGACAAGGACCCGUCCGGCGAGCAGUUGCAAAUGAUUCACAUAAUCGAAAAUUGUGGCCGCACGUUACUCGACACCAUGGAGCACAUCCUCGACUAUUCUAAGAUCAAUAGCUUGAAGAGCAGACUGCCCUCCACCGACCGCAAGUCGUCCAUACCCGCGACAGCACCUCUUAUAGGAGAAUCCAGCAGUUUGACAUCAUUCGACUUGAGUAUCAUGGUUGAAGAAACUCUGGAGAGCUCAACAUUUAGCCACGGCCACAACACUCGCUCAGUGCACGAUCCAACCAGGACAGAAUUUUCCUCCAUCACCCCAAAUGACCUUUCGAUGCAAUCUUCUUCGGCUACCACUGCAAUAGUGUUGUCCAUCGAAAACAAAUCUAGCUGGAGAAUUCAAUCCGAAAUCGGCAUAUGGCGCCGUAUUUUGCUUAAUGUUCUUGGCAAUGCGCUCAAAUAUACCUCUAAAGGAUUGAUCAACGUAACCUUAGGCCUUGAAAAAGACUUGCACCUCACCCAGGACGAGACAUUGCGGACGGUUAGAUUGACAAUAACCGACACUGGGCGCGGAAUAAGUCAAGAUUAUCUCCGAAAUCGGUUGUACACACCAUUCGUGCAAGAAGACAGCUUGUCGACCGGGGUAGGUCUCGGUCUCAACAUAGUACGUCAACUUGUAGAAGACCUGAAUGGCUCGAUCACUAUUGAUAGCACAGUAAAUGUUGGAACUCAGGUGACAGUCAAAUUUCCCGUCAAAUUCUUGGAGGACGCAGUUCAGAAAGCUGAUCAAGAACUUGGGGAGCAGCCAAUGUAUCUACUUCGCCUUGGUGUAUCCGAUGAAAAAGCAACUGGCCUCGAAUCAAACCUCUCUUUGGGAGAAUGUCAAAAUGCACUGACUCGUUCCUUUACAGAUUUGGCGGAACAAUGGCUCCGUGCUAACGUGGAACUCGUUGAAAACUUAUCGUCUAUCAGCAAAGGAAUUGUCGCCGUCCACGAAUAUGACAUACCGUGGCUGGUAAGGGAGCUGAGCAACAACAAUCCUGCCUUCAAGAUACGAGACCAUUCCUGUUUUCUGGUGCUUUGUGCCACCAAACCGGCUGGCCUUGUUCUUGAUCUACAGUUUCGGGCAAAAUUCCAGACUCUCAACCAGCCUUUCGGCCCUCGAAAUUUAGCAAACGCGGUGAAGGCAUGCUUACAGUUGAUUGCAAGCGAAAGGACUACUGGGGCAACUGAUAAGCAGGGGUCGAACACAUCAAUCAACGGUCCAGACAAAGGAUCUCAAGCAUGCGAGGUAGGGCUAUGCUCGCCCCCACCUAGCACCACAACCACCCGCAAAAUCGAAUCCGAUAUCUUUGUGGCACCGAAACCAAGACGAAAUCUUCUGUUGGUUGAUGAUAAUGCGAUCAACUUGAGGCUACUUGUGGCGUUCGCAAAGCUUGACUGCACUUUCACCAUGGCACAGAAUGGCCGCGAGGCACUCAAAGCCUACCAAUGUUUUGAUAAACGGUUUGAUUAUGUUUUGAUGGAAGUUUCUAUGCCAGUCAUGGACAGCUUUUCGGCCGCCAUGGCAAUUCGUGCCCACGAAAGAAAUCAAGAUCUGCAGCGGACAAUAAUUAUGGCUCUUACCGGACUAGGAAGCGAGAAAGCUCAGCAAAAAGCGGCGAGCUGCGGAUUCGACUUAUUGCUCGCCAAGCCGGUCUCACUGCAGAAACUGAAGAAUCUUAUAGCACCCUGA